AUGAAGCGCAUGGGCAAACAGCAAGAGUUGCGGAGGAACUUCAGGACACUCUCGACAUUAGCGUUUGUCGUCAUCUUACAGGGCACAUGGGAGGUCUUGCUCGCGGCGUCGUAUCAGGGUUUGGUCGCUGGUGGACUGGCUGGGCUGUUCUGGUCGUAUGUCUGGACGUUCUGCUGCAAUUUGUUUGUCGUGGUCAGUUUGGCCGAGAUGGCUAGUAUGGCGCCAACAGCUGGAGGGCAAUACCAUUGGGUCAGUGAAUUUGCGCCUAUUAAGCAUCAACGAUGGUUAUCCUACUUCACCGGCUGGAUGUCGACUUUGAGUUGGCAAGCCGGAACUGCCAGUGGUCCAUUCCUCGUUGGUACCAUGAUCCAAGCGCUGGCCACCGAGAAUUACGAAGGCUACGCCGGCACGAAUUGGCAAGGCACGCUCUGCGUCUGGGCCAUCACCGUCCUCGUCCUGCUCGCCAAUGUUUACGGAGGCCGUGCUAUGCCCGUGUUCCAGAACUUGAUGCUCAUUCUGCACGUCUUUGGUUUCUUGACGAUCAUCGUCUGCAUCUGGGUUCUCGCUCCUCGAAACUCGGCCGAAGUCGUUUUCACCAGCUUUACCGACGCCGGCGGAUGGUCCUCGAUGGGUCUCGCCCUGAUGGUCGGUCAGAUCUCCGCUAUUUACGCCUGCAUCUGUUCCGAUGCGGCAGCUCAUUUGUCCGAAGAAAUCAAAGAUGCCUCCGUCGCGGUGCCCAAGGCCAUGCUAGGCUCCUAUCUUCUCAACGGUGGCCUCGGCAUCAUCUUCCUCAUCACCUUCCUCUUCUCCAUCGUCGACCUCCCCUCCGCCUUGGAAGCAGAUUACGUUUUCCUCUAUGUCUUCAAGGAAGCCUUCUCCCUCCCGGCUGUCAACGCCCUCGCCUCUAUCGUUAUUAUCCUCAUCUUUGCGGGAACUCUUAGCUACAAUCUUAGCACGUCGAGACAGACUUGGUCCUUCGCCCGCGACAACGGCCUUCCCUUCUCCAAUUGGAUCGCCCACGUGCAUCCCACCCUCGAAGUCCCCGCCAACGCCGUCAUCGCCACCUGCGCCUUCACCAUCAUCCUCUCCUUCAUCAACUUCGGCUCCGACGUGGCCUUCAACGCCAUCAUCUCGCUCAACCUCGUCAGUCUCAUGAUAACCUACAUGAUCUCCAUCGGCUGCGUACUGUACCGUCGCGUCUACGAACCCGAACUCCUGCCCAAAGCGAGAUGGUCACUAGGAAAGUGGGGUGUGCCGGUAAAUUUGGCCGCGCUGGCAUAUACGACGUUUGCAUUUUUCUGGUGUUUCUGGCCGAAUUAUUACCGUCCGAGUUUGACGGAUUUCAAUUGGAGUGUGUUGAUGUUUGGCGUCGUGGCGUUGAUUGCGGUCGUGGAUUGGGUGGUGAGGGCGAGGAAAGUGUAUACAGGACCGGUGGUGUUGGUCGAGGGGAGGAAGGAGGAGCCGAUGGGUGCGUUCAAGUGA